CGCAGGUUGUCACGGCGCCGUCGUGCUCAGAUUCUUCUUUUCGCUCCCGUUCGUGACUCUGCGCGCUUUGCUUCCAUCUUCUCUUUCAACGGCACAGAGCUGACGGAUCAGUUUCUUCGUUCUCUGUUCUCCGUCUUUCCCCUUCUUUGUCCAUCCUGCGACGCUUGAUAUAUUCCCCCCCGUUUCCUAUAAUUCUCUAUACUUUUUUUCUGCCUGAGUCGACGCAGCCAUCCGCACUUCGACAUUGCGUCCCGACCUCUCCUGCUCCGUCUUGAGGAGACCAUGCCCUUGUGUGUCCCUACAUCGCACCUCUCAAUCGUACAAGUCAAGUCUGUGUGAUGAGCAGACCUACCAGAUCCGGAUCCUUGGGAUCCGACAGCGACACGUCCUCGUUUCCGACGGGCCUGGCGGCGCCGGGUAGAGGAGGGCAAGCCAUGAGCGUUAUAUCAUCGGCCAUGUCCGACGUACCAGAGACCGAGGGGGAAGGUACACCUCAGGGCGUCACUGGGCCUGCUGGUGAACCCGGACUGCCUCCGUCGCGACCGUCAACCGCAGCAACGGCAAAGACGGGCGCGACAUCCAGAAGAGCGCCCGGUAGCGCGACCGGAUCAAGGCCGCCGUCUUCGUACAGCCGUACAAGUCGAACACACGUACCUUCUCUUACGUCGUCCGCGUUCUUCCGUCCCAUGUCAUCGCAGAGACUGCAGGCGCAAAGAGGCCCACGUCCUGCCUCAAAUCAACUUACUCCUCGCUCUGUACCGACCAGUGAAAUUAAGGAGAGUCGCGCACCCGAGACGGCUGCAAGCACGAAGACAACAAGCACCAAUAUGGCACAGACAGCUGUGAUGGGGUUGCGACUCGACGAGCGUCCAGUAUCACGGGCAACCGACAUUACGGAUAUGCCAGACAGGGGAACGGCGAAUGCUUCGCCCAGUGGCGCAGACACGUUAAGAAGCGCAGGCGGGAGUGAGGCUCCAUUAGCUGGUACAGAUGUCUCGCCGAUACGACACAGACCCAACAACCUCGAUCUCACCCGGUCGUUCAAAAAUGUACCGAAUCAACAGACUCAAAAGUCACCACGAUCCCCACGGUCGUUCAGGAACAGUUUCAUCAUGUCAAAUCGUAAUAGCCGUGCGUCAAUAAACAGGCGACAAGAAGGGCAUGAGAAGCUAGAGUCUGAUCCACCCACGCCACGUACGAUCACAAAGGAGGAGACGAAGGAAGUGGUCAGACGCGAGCUGGGGAAGAACUACGAGUACUUCUCUGGCAACACCCGGUUUUUUAUGGGCGGCCGCUUCCAGAAUGCUCGAGAGGUCCCGAUCAACAUUGGAACCGGCUUGGCAAUAGUAAUUCCUGCCGUUUUGUUCUUUGUCUUCUCAGCACACGAUACUUGGCACCUUAUAACACCUGCGAUACCCAUAUUAUUUGCAUAUGUCUUUUUGAUUUGCUUCUCUUCGUUCAUUCAUGCGUCUCUAUCGAACCCUGGGAUUUUACCUCGCAACUUACAUCCUUUCCCACCACCUAAUCCUAAUGAGGACCCCUUGACACUGGGUCCUUCUCUAACAGAUUGGACCAUGGUUAUUUCAGCGACUUCUGCAAAUGCAGCAAUGGAGGUCCCUACGAAAUUUUGCAAAACAUGCAACAUUUGGCGACCACCACGAACGCAUCAUUGCAGAACAUGUGACAACUGUAUUGAAACACAAGAUCAUCAUUGUGUGUGGCUAAACAAUUGUGUCGGCCGUCGCAAUUACAGACAGUUCUUCGCGUUCAUCUUUUCCGGGUGGAUUCUAGCCGCAAUGCUUAUCGGAUUCAGUCUAGGGCAUAUUUUUGCUUGGAAACAUAAAUAUGGCGGCGACUUUAUACAUGCUGUUCGUGGAACGCGCGGAGUUCCCCUUGCCAUGGCUAUUUAUGGCGUAAUUGCUGGUGCUUACCCUCUCGCCUUGACAGCUUACCACCUAGGUCUGAUCGGCUCGGCACAAACAACGAGGGAAUACUUGCAGUCCCGCAGAUUCCAAAAGAAGGAUCGACAUCGACCAUUUACGCAGGGUAACAUCAUCAAGAACUGGAUUGUUAUGCUUAACCGCCCACGACCGCCCACUUAUUUGAACUUUAAGAAGCAGUACGAGGAAGGAGAUCAGCGAUAUGGUGAGCGCAAGAGCAAAAAGUCCGCUGCAUCCUCGAAAGAGGGACAGCGGGGAAGCAAUGGAAUGGAGAUGCAGAGCAUGACACAAGUUCAGUCACCUGACGCAAGAGCCGCGUAGUCUGCUGUUCACACACAAGGGGUCAAAAAAGGUGCGGAUUGUGGAAUAACGUCUUGAAGCUCACUUAUUCCUUCUCGAUGAUACAAGUGUUCUUCAUUGUGCUGCUGCUAUUUAGCGAGUACGCUGUUUGAGAAAGAGCUUCCUUUCUAGUAAUACACUAUCUGUUCCACCCCCUUCCCCCUGUUCCCGGACGCCCGUACCAUGUCUUUUGGUUAUCUUGAAGUAGUCUUGCGACAUCGACCUCGAAAGUACUCGGAGA